AUGACGUUUUCCCAUGCGGUUGUGAUGACGUCGUCUCUCUCCGUCGCCCUGCACGGGGGCGGUCGCGUGCUCAGCAUUCAGUCACAUACCGUCCAGGUGCCCCACUCAGGUGUUUCUCAGGCGCCCAUCUCAGGUGUCUCUCAGGCGCCCCUCUCAGGUAUUUUCUCAGGGGGUCCCUCUCAGGCUUCUCUCAGCUGUCCCUUUCAGCUGCCCCUCUCAGGUGUCUCUCAGGUUCCCCUCUCAGGUGCCCAUCCCAGGUGUCUCUCCAAUGUCUCUCAGGUGCUUGCUUAG